AUGUAUUCCAAGAUUAUUGUUGUCAUUGCCAUCAUCGCCGCUGUGAGCGCGCAAAGCCACUAUGGCCACCAAGAACACCACCAGCCUCAGCACUAUCAUCAUGAGGAGGAGCACCAUGGUCCCGUCCACUACGAAUACCAUUACGAUGUGCACGAUGACCAUACCGGAGAUGUGCACGGACAACGCGAGGCUCGUAAGGAGGACUCCACCCAGGGCGAGUACUACCUGAUCGAUGCCGAUGGCCACAAGCGCACCGUCAAGUACCACGUCGAGGGAAAGAGCGGAUUCAUCGCCGAAGUCCACCGUGAACCCGUCAAGGGUUACCAAGCCCCUCAGCCCAAGCACUAUCACGAGGUCCCCGCCCACCAGAACUAUCAUCAUUAA